UAUUUUAGAACAGUUCAUUAUUAUUUCAAUCCAACGAGAUUAUAAUUAUUAGAUUAUUACAAAAAAGGGAUUUCAAAUACUAUGCCAAACUAUUCAAAAAAGCAUAAUAUCAUUAGCUGUAGUCAAUAAUAAAAAGAGUAAUAAAGGUAGCAAGAUAAACAAUGCGGUUCUAAAUAGAUGAACCCUUUAGUGGAAGCCUUGGGCGAAAGCCAAACCAAUGAUGGCCAAACCAAUAGCGUAGAAGAUGAGAGCAUAGAUCAAGCGAGUGAAGCGGUUCUCAAUGACGGUUUCAACAAAGAACCAGAUGACAGCAAACGCGAAGAAGAUCCAUGCGAGAAUCAUAACGGCACGAGUGGAACCACCAGCAAGGUUGUUGAUAACAAGCACAGACAAAAGCAUCAAGACGAGAUCACGAAGCAUGUUCUGAGCACGUUCAACACGGUACUAAAUGGUUAUCGCAAUCAACAUGGGUUAGUUCUCAUGUCACUGAACCAACAAAAAAUUACGCCUGUUAUUUUCCAAUUGCAACACUUACGAAGAGAGAGGAAGUCCAGGUAGGUGUGGCAAAUUUCUUCUUGUUUCCAACUUCGGCAUCAGUAGCAGGGACGGAAGCUCCAGUGCCAUCAACGGCAGCAUUGUUGUUGUAGGCACCGGCACCGGCAGCAUUGUUGUUAUAACCAGCAUUGUUGUAAUUACCAGCAACAGCAUUGUGAGAGGGUUCAUCACCACCAAAGGCGUGACGAAGGAACCAAACGAGACCCCAGAAUACCCAGAGAGUGGUGAAGGCGAUCCAAGCGGAUCUGACAUACCAGUCGUUGGUGAAGCCGUUAGCAACAGAUUGAUGAAUGGUAAAAGACAUGCUGAUGACUUGUAGUAGUUGUUUUUCUUCUUGUGAAAUGCGAGAGAAUAAAG